AUGAAUGGACAACUGGAUUUGAGUGGAAAGCUUAUAAUUAAAGCUCAAAUGGGUGAUGAUAUUAGAAGAAUUCCCAUUCACAAUGAGGACAUCACCUAUGACGAGUUAGUGCUGAUGAUGCAGAGAGUUUUCAGGGGAAAGCUUCUGAGCAAUGAUGAAGUUACAAUAGAAUACAAAGACGAAGAUGGAGAUCUUAUAAAAAUCUUUGAUAGCUCAGAUCUUUCUUUUGCAAUUCAGUGCAGUAGGAUACUGAAAUUGACACUGUUUGUGAAUGGGCAGCCUCUAGAAUCUAAUCAAGUGAAAUACCUCCGUCAAGAGCUGAUAGAACUUCGUAACAAAGUGAAUCGUUUGCUGGAUUGCCUAGACCCCCCAGCUGAACCAGGACUUUCCACAAGCCUCCCUGAAAAUGAUGUUGCAGAGAGUAGGGAAGAUAAGCCUACUACUACUUACUCCACUGUCAAGCCUUCUACUCAAGUUAUAGCAGCAAGUAUGUCUGCUUUUGAUCCAUUAAAAAAUCAAGAUGAAAUAAAAAAAAAGUCAUGUCAGCAUUUGGGCUGGCAGAUGAUCAGGUUUCGGGACCCCCCAGUGCCCCUGUAGAAGAACGUUCCGGAACACCCGAUAGCAUUGCUUCUUCAUCUUCUGCAGCUCAUCCACCUGGAGUUCAACCACAGCAGCCACCAUAUGGAGGAACUCAGCCACAAACUGGUCAGAUGGAAGGCCAGAUAUAUCCACAAUAUCCACAACAAGCUGGAUACCCUGCUCAGCAGCCUCAUCCUCAGCCACAGUAUGGUAUGCAGUAUCCAGCAGGCUACAGCCAGCAGACUGCUCCUCAACAAGCACAGCAGUUCCACGCAUACAGCCAGCAGCCCUCACAGGCUCCAGCUCCUGGGUUUCCUGGCCAGCCUCAACCUCAGCAGCUGCCAGCUCAGCCUCCCCAGCAGUAUCAGGCAGGCACCUUUCCUGCACAGAACUACACAACACAAGCUUCACAGUUGGCCAGCUAUAAUGUGACCCCAGCUUCGCAACCUCGAAUGGCUCCCAGCCCGCCAGGUGCUUAUCAGCCAAGACCAGGCUUCACUCCACCACCUGGAACUACUAUGACACCCCCUCCAAGUGGCCCUAAUCCAUAUGCACGCAAUCACCCUCCUUUUGGCCAGGGUUACACCCAGCCAGGUCCUGGCUAUCGAUAA